AUGAGCGAGGUUCAGAGAGUUCCGGUAUGCCACAUACAACACGACUUCGAGGUGUCCAUCUCGGAAGAGGGAGAGAACGGUCGGUUUUACAUUAAUGUAGACAAGUCUUUGAACGAAGUUAAGGAGUUUACAGUAGCUGUUUCAGAGGAGGGUACAAAAUUUGACAUUUCUGAUGGGAAUGGCUUCCAGAGAGUGGAUCGGCAUUUGUACAGUGCAAGACUAGAUGGGAACGAGUAUCGGUUUCGUACAAUGGACGAAGACUAUACAGGUGCCGCAGCACCUGAUGAAGACAUUGAGUGGACAGCCAUCGAUGCAAUAAACGUUCCGAAGCUCCGCUAUGCAUUAGGAGACUCCAAAGGCAACUGUCGCGUGUAUGGUGGAACACUUCAGUUAGAAAGGGAGCUGAAGGAAGCCCAUCGGGGCGAAAUUAGUUCGCUCAAAUUCUUCCCUAGCGGUGAAGUUGUGCUCUCAGGCUCCGCUGAUAUGCAACUCAAGUUGUGGUCAGUGCUGGAUGGAUCUUGUCCGCGCACUUUUGCGGGCCACAGGUCGGCUGUAAGUGCUACAUGUCUGAUAGACCGGGGCAGAAAUUUUCUGUCCUCCUCGACUGAUGGGACCAUCAGAUUAUGGGAAUGUGGUUCUGGUGAGACGUUGAGCGUUUUUUCAAGAAGGGAGGAUAGCAGCGAUGGUGUAAACUGCAUGUGUCUACGGGCAACUUGCCGGGGUGAAGCGUCAGAUAUGGGCGAAAAUCCGCUCGAAUUUGGAACGUACGGAAAACAUGUCCUCGCAGGCCACUCCUCUGGUGUCAUGACGCUUCACGACGUUUUUACCAAGGAACAGAGUUCUCAAAUACCUAGCCACUUCAUGUCCUCCUGUAAUACGUUGACAUCGGAUCCAAAGAGAGACGAGUAUGUGUACGCAGGUUACCAAAACGGAGCAUUAGCUCAAUGGGACCUGCGGAACUUUUCGAGCCCGGUUUCUUCGGUCUAUAUUAAUGAGGGGACGCCUAUCAAUCAUAUUUACUGUGAGUCAAAUGAGCUCUACGUAUCUUCUGGGUUAGAUACAAGCCUGAUGUUGGAUUUGACUGCGGACAAGGGCUUUAUAAGAUCCGAUCUACCGACGUUUUUAGUCUCAAAUGACUGCAAAGUUGCCCAAUACACAUCGACCCCAGAUCGAAAGCACAUAAUUGCAGUAGGAGACUGGGGCUUCUGCGGUAAAUACGGAAUUCACUGGAGACAGACAGAGAGAUAA